AUGAUAGCCCUCCAGAACCAAGCUGACUACAAUGAAUAUUUAAACCUUCGUGCUACUCUUGAAAAGAACAGGAUUCAAGAUACUAACAGGUUACAGAAGAAACGUGCAUUUACUGUCUGCGAAGACGCCAUGAUCAAAUUUCUCGCAAAACAUUAUAAUGGAGAUAUAAAUUGGAAGGAAGUUGCUCAACAAAUCCCCGGAAAAUCCACUCGUCAGUGCCGCGAAAGAUACCAGACCUACCUUGCACCCGGAAUUAAUAUUGCUCCAUGGACCAGGGAAGAAGAUGACCUUCUGCUUAAAAAAGUUACUGAGUUAGGUUCUAAGUGGUCAAUUAUCGCUCAAUUCUUUAAUGGACGAUCAGCAAAUUCGUUAAAGAAUAGAUACAACGUACAUAUAAUACACAGAGGACGUAAUUCCAAAAUGCAUAGCGAGCCCUCCUCUGACAAUUCCUAUAUUCAAUCAUCAACUCCCGAGCCAGAAAUUAUCAAUCAGCCUCAAACCUUUAGGUAUCCUCCAAUUUCAAACCUUAUUCAAAUAGCUUUGGGUACAAAUGGCAUGCCAGUGGAUAUCUAUCAGCAUAUUUAUGUUCCUCCGUGUUAA